AUGUCCAUCAUCCAGAACGAACACCAAUACCCCGUCGACGAGAAGGUCACCGGUGACGAUGUCAAGCGGGCCCUCCUCUGCAUCGUCAUCACGGCACAUAUCCCCUACGGGCUUCCCAGCAUCCGUGAGACCGUCGACUGGCACCCCCUACACAGCCCAACCUUUCCCACUCAGCUCUGCGGCGGCGGGGCCGGAGAAGCGUAA